UGUUGACACCCGUCAGUCAGUGAUGGCCGUGUCCGCGUCCGUGGUCUUUGUGCUUUUCAAGGGUUCCGUCGCCACUAACGCCGCCGCCGCCGCCGACGCCGCCUCCGAUACACACUGCGUCGCUGUUGUUGUCGGUUGACGAUUUUUAUUGUUUUGUCAGUCUACUCGUCUGUGUAAUAUAUUAUACACGUUUCGCGAACGCGAUCGCAAUUUUUAUAAUAACGUACCCGCAGCUAUUACUGUUUUUUGUUGUAAUUUAUUGUUUAUCAUUAUUCGUAUCGUUUCGUAUAUAAUAUCAUAAUAUUAUUAAAGUGUUUAUUUUUCGAGACUGUUAACGCGUCUGUCUAUGUUAUAAUAUUGUUACCGGUACGUCGUCACGAAUUAAUUAUAUUUUGUAAGUUUUUCGCGAAACGAGUCAUGUCUGACGACGAUCAGUGCUGUUCGUAAUUAUUACACGCGAAUUUCCGUCGUCCACGCGUACUCCACGUUCCAUCGUGUCUUGUCAGGAGGAAGUACCUCGCACGUUGCAGAAGCCAACGCUCCAGAGUAACCGCACCAUCAAGAUCAUGACCAGAAGGAAGCAACACUGCCCCAAAAGAAUGAAAUGUAAGUUGGUUGUGUGACGAUAUUAUUUUUGAGCAGAAAGACGAAUUGGUGGCGGUCGAAAAACGACGAAGGGCCGACAAUAUUAUACGGGGAAGGUGGUGAAGGCGAAGAGCCACCAGCGGGCUACCAAGAAGACGACGGUGGCUGUCCGGAAGACGACGAGGACGAAGAGGAAGAAGAAGAGGAAGGCGUGUCCGGCGGAUCAUCCGGCUCACCGCCGAGGUCUCCGAUACCGUCGAGCACGGACGUCGAACAAGACGUCGCAGCGGCUAACGAGCGUUUGCCUCUUAGAGAAACAAACAGUCCAUCAAAAAUGAGUAGAGAUUCGCCAAGGAGUGAAUCGAGUCUCCCGCCCUACGAAGUACCGUUGUUAGCAACCGUGUCUCCGGGACGUUCACCUCCAACUUUGGACGUGCUAGAUUUCAGUACGAAAAGGCCAGCCAGCCCACCGGCUUCUUCUCAGCCUGCAGCAAUGAACCUUAGUAACAGCAACGACGACUCGCCGAUUGAUCUGACUAUAAGAAGCAAAAAAAUGAAACUCGACCCUUCGCCAGUGUCACCGUCCACCGACGCAUACAACCGGAUGAGUAGGCCUUGGGCACAAUACACUACGCCGGUGAUUAGACCCAUAUCCAGAGGCGAGAUUAUGACGCCACCGAACGACCCGGUGCACAUGUGGAACGGUAAGCACGGCAAACUGACUUACGGAUCGUUCCCGUCACCGGCGAGUGACGCAACUAAGGCGUUGGAAAAGAUGUGCGAACUGAGUAAGCUUCAAGACGAACCAAGAUCGGUUUUGGCACCUAGCUCAGGACGUCAUAGUGCAUGGCAGUCACACUGGCUGAACAAAGGAGCCGACCAGACUAAAGACGUGCUCAAGUGCGUCUGGUGCAAGAUGAGUUUCCCCACACUGCAGGCUAUGUCAACGCACAUGGCCGAGACCAAACACGGAACAGCUGCCGCUCAAAGUCUCCAACCGCCCCCACCGCCACCACCACCACCUGUUUCUACGUCUUCUAGUCACAAAAACGAUCUCAACAUGUUGAUCAAGGAGACAAUGCCGUUGCCCAGAAAGUUGGUUCGCGGUCAAGACGUCUGGCUAGGAAAAGGCGCAGAACAGACUCGACAGAUACUCAAGUGCAUGUGGUGCGGCCAGAGCUUCAGGUCACUGCAAGAGAUGACUACGCAUAUGCAGCAGACACAACACUACACCAACAUUAUUUCGCAGGAGCAGAUCAUAUCGUGGAAGUCGGCAGAUGAGAACAAGUCGUCGAGUGGUGGUAGUAACGUGAGCGCUGCGUCCACCAGUUCACCGGCUAGUUCGGUAAACACGUCUGCAAAUCAUGUGAGCGCUGUGCUCACGUGUAAGGUGUGCGAUCAAGCGUUUAACUCGCUCAAAGAGCUGAGCGUGCACAUGGUGAAGAAUGCACAUUAUAAAGAACACAUGAUGCGGUCGAUUACUGAAGGUAGUAACAGGCGCCGGCAGACACGGGAAAAGCGGAAGAAAUCGUUGCCAGUGCGUAAACUAUUGGAGCUGGAACGAGCUCAGCAUGACGUGAAGAACGGCGACGGAGGAUAUCCGACGGCCGGUGCUGGGUUCAAGGCGGUCAACGACACCAACCACCGUUUGGGUAGGAUAAUUUGUGAAAAGUGUGGUGAAAAAGUGGAUGUGGCCAGCUUUAUGGAACACUUGCGGGUGUGUGUUACGAUGACUGCCGAUCAGAAAAACCUGCUGAAGACCGCAUUAAUGUCACAGAAUUCGAUGUCAGCAGCAGUGACGGAACCUAGUCGGGAGAAGAGACCCAAAAAAGAGCAAGACAGAUCUCAAGCGGCGGCAGACCUAUCGAUGAAUAAACCGACAGUGGCUGCAGCUACCACCGGUUCAUCGUCGCCGUCCGUGCUCAAUGCCAUCGAAAAGCUGAUCGAAAAGAGUUUUGACUCGCGGCUCCGUUACGGUACGUCGGCUACAGGCGCUUCAAUCGGCGAGAGCAUUCUUAAGCGUUUGGGCAUUGACGAAAGCGUGGAUGCCACUAAACCCAUAAUGGACGUGCAAGCAAUGAGUUUGUUACGAAGCUAUCAGUCACUAGGCCGGCACGAGCGGAGCGGCAGCGAAUCAAGCUCCAUGUCGCCCGAGUUAGCGGCCAUGCGAAGCGAUUCGACCACUCCAGACCGUAAGUAUGAAACGUCUGACUAUCAGCGCAUGCGUUCAGUGACACCCAAAUCAACUCCUGAACGACAUAGUUCACCCAAGUCUUCGUCAUCCUCGUCCGGUAAAGGAGGUCAUGGUGGCCAAGAGAUCUCCGGUGGCGUAGAAGUCAAGACCGAGCCGUCCGGCGGACCGGAAGAAGGUAGCAUUGCAGGAGAAUUUGAAGUAAAGAAGGAGUAUGUAGACGAAGACGACGUGGUAGCCAAGAGCCCAGCAGAGAGGCGGGCUAGGAGCCGAGAGUCGGCUGAGGGAUCUGUGGUGGAUGAGACAAAUGGAUCGAGCAGAGGUCCGACGCCCACCAAUGUCAAGAGCCCGCUGAGUCCAACUGGCAGUGACAAAUCCUCGGACAAUGGCAAGAAGACGCCUGUCACGUCCAGUAGCCUGGGUGCCCUUUCUUCGAUGUUUGAGAGUUUGACUUCGGCGGCCAACAGCGGAAGCGGAGGAUUGUCGUCUUCCGCCAACGGCGAUGGUGGUGGUGGAAAGAGCGGCGGAGGCGCUAGCAGCCACCCCCUGGCUGCUCUCCAGAAGCUCUGUGAUAAAACGGAGAACCACCACCAUCCGCACAAUCACCAUCACCACCACCGGCCCAGCAGCCGUUCGUCGUCUAAUGCAUCCGCCACUAAUGGCGGACCCGCGCAGUCUAUGUCGCCGCCUACAUCCAUCACGGGUGGCACUGCUCCUGGAGCGAUCUUGGCGUUCAGCUGGGCGUGUAAUGACGCUGUCGUCACGGCCGACUCAAUAAUGAAGUGUGCUUUUUGCGAUACGCCGUUCAUAUCUAAGGGAGCGUACCGGCACCACCUUUCCAAAGUGCAUUUCGUCAAGGAAGGCAUCACGCCCGAACCUAUCAUGUUGAAACCAGCCUCGUCGUCGUCGGCUGCUGCCGCAGCAUCAUGCCACCAACAAUCUUCUUCGUCGUCCACGGCCCAUUCGCCUUCGCCUUCACCCUCGUCAUCUUCGCAACACAAAUCAUCUCCAAAUCAUAAUAACAACAACAGCAGUAGCAACAACAACAACAACAACAACAACAACGGGUCGCCGUCCACUUCUGCCGGUGCCAGCGUAAAAAGUCCAGAAUCCAAAAAUGGUGGCGGUUACGACGAGAGUCCGCAUUCGAAAUUCCUUAAGUAUACAGAGUUGGCCAAACAACUGUCCAGCAAAUACGUCUAGUCAACGCGACAACGCGCGUCUGUUAUAUUACAAGCACGGUGUUUACGAUGAUAACGUUAUCAUCGUAGUACCUAUAUUAUAAUAUUUUGUAUUAUACACAUAUUGUUGAUUUCACUAUAAUAUAUAACCGAUGUUUGUCCGUUGGUUUUAAAUCGUUCAUGUGCGACAACCCCUCCUUGUACAUAUGACAUAGAUUCCGAACGUUUAUGUAUGCACACGUCGUACAUAAUAUACUAUUUCAUUAUACGUCUAAAACUUUUAUUACGACUUACUAUUGUUACUACUACUACUAUUAAUACAAAUUAUAGACGCCUAGCGUAAUGAUGAAAAAAAAAUCAUAUUUUUAAAUAUUAUGUACUUAAUCUUCCAUGUAUGAUGUAUGCGAAUCGUGGCGUCAAACCCAUUAACUAAAAUACAAAUGUAUACGUGUUAGAACUUUAACGAAACAAUUAAUUGUUUUUUAAUUUUUAUUUUGUUAAACAAUUUUUAAGAGAAACUGAUUCGCGGAAAAUAAUAUGUAAUAUAUAUUGAUAUAUUAUAAGUAUAUAUUACAUAUUAUUAAAACACGAUACGCGUAUGUCCUUUAUAUCUAUACGUGAUUAUUCGAUAAUAUUAUUAUUAUCCGCGUCGUUAGGUUAGCGACAUUUUAUUAAAUAUUAUAUUAUAUAAAAAAAAAAUGUUAAAUUAUUUAGUACGAUAUUUGUAAAACGAUUACGUUUACGAUACGUUUCUGCUCAUACGCUAUAUGUGUCCUGUGUUAAAAUGGAUGUAACUUUAAGGAUAAAACAUUUUAAAAGGCUGUCACGUCAACUAUGUAUCACGAUUAAUGCUUAAGUGUAGAGUUAAUUAUUUUAAUCGACGAUAGGUUAAGGAUAUUCAUUUUCCGGUUAGACGUCCAGUCUCGCGGAAACCAUUCCACUUUGAACUAAACAAUAUUUAUAUUAUAUAACAUUAAAAACCCCACAAAAAAAAAAAACAUAUAUGUAUACUAAAAAUAUUGUUCUUCGAAAAUAUUACGACGCGUUCCUAAUCCGACUCGUUUUGUUUAUGUUUGGCUACAGACAUAUUAUAAAAAAUAGUAAUUCUAAAUAACGGUACCCUUGAUCGGUUUUGCACUCUCAAAUUUUAAUAUUUUUUUCAUCAGUUCCCUGAAGAACUUUUUUUUUUUUAUUAUAGUUAUUACCUAAUUAUUAAUCAGCCAGUAAGCAAAAUAGUUACCAUUUAAAUAAUUUUAUUAGUUUUGUUGGUUAUUAUUUAAUUUAAGGGGAAUGUUUUUUUUUCGUGUAAAGUAUUUAUGUCGUAGGUACUUAAUUUUUUAAUUAUCAUAACAACUUGUUUAGGGGAACACAAUGAUAUUAAUUUAAUAGUAUUAUCAGUUGUUAAUGACAGCUACAAAAUAAUAUUAUAUAACUUCAGAUAUCACAACUGAUUGGGAGCCGUGCGAAUAGUUUACGACAAAUUUCCGUAGGUCUUGCCGUUUUAUACAUUUUUAUUUCCAUUAAAUUCGUUCUUUUAGUUGCGUUAUCCAUCGUAUUAAAAUGCAAUUAUGUUAUUAUUACAUAAUCUGCAGUAGGUAUUCAUUAUAUUAAUAGUGGAUGAUGCUUUUUUUAAUGAUAAAAAUAUUUUAAAUUUUCCAUAUGAAUAAUAUUAUUAAUCAUGUUAAGUAAAUUAUUAUCGAUAACAAUUUGUCCUAUAUAAAUAAUAUAUACAUGUAUACGAUUAUAAAACAAUAUUAAAUCGGAAAAAAUACUAAUUUUGCCAUGUUUUAAGUUCGUGUUUUAAUUCUAUCAUAUUAUUAUUAUAUUGUAGAAUUUACUAUUUUGUUUACAAGGUUACUAUUACGAUAAAUUAUUAUUAUUAUUAUUAUUAUUAUUAUUUUGUUUUUAUUUUAAGUUUUUAUCAGACUAUGAAAAACCUUUUGUACAUAAUUUAAAUAUAUAGUAUUAGACAUCAAAUACGAUUGUAAUAUAAAUUGUACUUAUUUAUUUAUUUAUAUAAAGAAGUAGGCAAUAUUUGUUUUAAUUUUUAACAAAUAAUAAAAGACAUUUCAAUUUGA